CGCCGUACCACUACUACUAAGAUUACUGAAGCUCGUCCCGAUUGUCUACAGUCAACAACAACCUCCUCUUGGUCCCAUCGCUGUCGCCUUCAAUCCUCAUCGCCGUGUGCAUCUCUGCUGCUUCAUCAGUCACUAUACCCAUACGCCACCACUGCGCACUCUGUCGAUGUCUGUCCGCCCUCGGUCUCCCGCUCUACACUCGCAGCAUACGCUAUCCGACCCUCUUUUGAGUUCGCCCCGUCCGUCGAACCCGCGUUGAGUCUCCCGCAAGGCUCUCAUGCCCAAGCGGUGACUGAGAAGCGUCAGCACACGCCGUCUCCGCUCUCGAACUCUCCGUGUAUCAUCAUUUAUCGGGAUUGUAUAUACACGGACAUCGCAUACUUCACUCCCCGCACUUGCCACAAUCAGACACUCUAUCGCCACUCUCCUCGACCGUCCACCUACUGCCUCCAGCUUCAUAUGAGUAAACCACCAGCCACCUCACGACUCCACCGCUCACACGACCUCCUAAUCACCCCUCCGCCACCAUGCGGGGCCUCCUACUCAACCACUCCGACCCCAAAGAGGGCUCCAGCCACUCCCUGACCUCCAACUCCCCCGGCUUCUACGACACCCCCGCCUCCUUCAACGGCGAGCCCUUCUACGAGAAAACCCGCCGCCGCUCCUUCCCCCACCAAUUCAUCGACAGCUUCCGCCGCGACCCGAACCGCCACAUCAUCAACCCCCUCGGCGAUGUCGAUCACCAGGACUGGGUCUACGACCCGAACCAGGCCAUAUUGAGGACCGCGAACACCAGACUGGCUAGGAAGCUGAAGGGCAGGCAUCUGCAGAUGAUUGCUAUUGGUGGGUGUAUUGGGACGGGGCUGUUUGUUGCGUCUGGGCGCUCGCUCAAUGCCGGCGGCCCUGCGUCGUUGCUUAUCUCGUUCUUGUUGACGGGGUGUAUGCUUUACUGCACGGUUCACGCGCUGGGCGAGAUGGCUGUGUUAUAUCCCGUUUCAGGGUCUUUCUCGGCGUACUCGUCUAGAUUUCUCGACCCGGCUUGGGGAUUUGCUAUGGGCUGGAACUAUGCCAUGCAAUGGCUUAUUAUUCUUCCCGUGGAAAUUAUUGCAGCUACUAUAACGAUAGAGUAUUGGAAUAAGAGUAUCAACCCCUCAGUAUUUGUUACGGUGUUCCUGCUGCUCAUCAUUUCGAUCAAUCUAUUUGGCGUCAAAGGCUACGGAGAAGCUGAAUUCUUCUUCUCGAUCGUCAAAGUCGUCGCAAUAAUCGGCUUCAUCCUGCUGGGCAUCAUCAUCAACUGUGUUGGUGGACCCACCACCGGCUACAUUGGUGGCAAGUUCUGGGUCGACCCCGGACCCUUCCAUGCCGGUUUCAAGGGCCUCUGCUCUGUCUUCGUCAACGCUGCCUUCGCCUUCGCUGGCACCGAACUCGUCGGACUCGGCGCGGCCGAGACAGCAAACCCCCGAAAAUCGCUCCCCACAGCCAUCAAGCAGGUCUUCUGGCGCAUCACCCUCUUCUACAUCGUCAGCCUGACCCUCGUCGGCCUCCUCGUCCCCUACAACGACACCCGCCUCCUCACCAGCAGCCAAAGCCGCGGCAACAGCGCCUCCAGCCCCUUCGUCAUCGCCAUUGAAGACGCCGGAAUCGCCGUCCUCCCCUCGGUAAUGAACGCCGUAAUCCUCAUCGCCGUCCUCUCCGUCGGCAACUCCUCCGUCUUCGGCUCCUCACGCACCCUCGCCGCCCUCGCCGACCAGGGCCAAGCACCCAAGAUCCUCGGCUACGUAGACCGCAAGGGCCGCCCUUUCGUCGCUAUCUGCGUCUCCUCCGCUCUCGGAUUCAUCGCGUACGCUGCUAACUCCGAUCAGCAGAACGCGGUUCUGAAUUGGAUGCUUGCUCUCUCGGGACUCAGCUCGAUCUUCACUUGGGCCUCCAUAUGCCUCGCGCACAUCCGCUUCCGCCGCGCCUGGCGCAUCCAGGGGCGCUCGCUCGACGAGCUGGCGUUCGUCUCGCAGCCGGGGGUCGUGGGUAGCUGGAUCGGAUUCAUCUUCAACUGCCUCGUGCUCAUGGCGCAUUUCUGGACCGGGGCGUGGCCAGUGGGCUACGGUAACAUGACGAUGGGAGCGCAGGUGCGGAAUUUCUUCGUGGGGUACCUGGCGGCGCCGAUUGUGAUUGUCAUGUUUGUGGGGUAUAAGUGGUGGUAUAAGACAAAGGUGUGGAGGUGUCAUGAGAUGGACCUUCAGACGGGGAUUAGGGAGUUGAAUUUGGCGGAGAUGUUGAAGGUGGAACGGGCGGAGAGGGCGGAGUGGCCGAAGUGGAAGAGGUAUUAUCAUGUUAUUUGCUGAAGGACCCCCCCAAAGGGGGUUUGGCAUGGAUUUUUAUGGCUUAUGUUUUAUUGGGGUGGAAGCGAUACUUUUUGGGGGGCGUGGUCGGGGCCGGUAAACGGCGUUCAGGGUAGGGAAUAAUCGUUGGUUCUCAAACCACCGCCUGGAGGCGGUUGGCGAAAGCGAACUGGGACGCGAAAGCGAUUAUGGGACACUUCCGGAGCGGACUCGCGACGCGACCGACCAUUAACACGACUGACAACGAGCACAACUACAACCACAACUAUGCCGGUAGUUCAAAUGAAUAAAAAUGAAGCUCUUUUAAAUGCCAUUGAAUUUUUAAAUGGAAACCCAACAGAGAAGAGUGCUACAGUAGCACGGAUGUACAGAGUAAACCCAAGUACACUCCGGACUAUACGACUACGACAACGACGCGCAUCACCACAACGCACCGCUGUGCCACGCGGAGGCCAGAACAGAGUGCUGUCUGAUGUACAAGUUACAGCUAUACAAAGAUAUAUCCAACGCUCAUACGAAAAUGGGUACGGUGCAACUAAGCCUAUGGUGUUCAGUGCCAUCUGCCAACUACGUGCAGCAGAAACUCCAACGCGUGCACCACCGUCACAACGGUGGUUCCAGACAUGGAUUAAGACACAACAACACAACUUCCAUACAAUAAAAACCUGGCCAAUUGAAGCAGCACGGGUUGCAUCUCAUGAAGUAUCAGCUAUUAAAGAAUAGUUUUAUGAAUUUAAAGAUGUGUGUAAUCAACUAGAUAUUACUGCGGGUGAUAUCUACAACUUUGAUGAAGUUGGAUUCCAUGUAGGAAUGAGCACUGGUGAACAUGUGUUGGUACCAUCUACAGUAAAGGAGAGACAAUUGCAGCUGCUGGCAUUGCACUUCCACCGUUCCUUAUUAUACAAGGAAAAUUACACAUGGAAAGUUGGUACCAUGACAAUCUACACAGUGAUGAGAAAGUUGCAGUAUCCGAUUCUGGAUAUACAAACUCUGAGCUUGCAAUGGAAUAUUUACAGCAUUUUAUUCAACAUACACUGUCUAUAAGAACAAAAUUGUUAAUAAUGGACUCUCAUAUCUCACAUGAAGUUCCAGAGUUUAUAAUACUUGCACAUCAACACAAUAUACACUUACAUGUGUUUCCG